CUCCAUAUUCGACGAUGGCGGCGGUGGUGGUGGUGGACGGAGGAGCCUCUGUCUCAGUUCACUCUACACAGCUCCUCCAGACAGUCCUACCAAGAACAGACAACCGCUCUGCUGGCGAGACUGCAACUCGCUUCCCGCCACACCCACGGCUCCUAUCUCAGCCUCGGCCCCAGGCUCAGACCGCCGGCCGCCGAAAGAGCAGCAGCUCCUAGUACAUCCUUCCAAAGGUCAGUCACGCAUUUCCACAAACACCUAGCGCGCAAAGCCGUCUGCUCACUGACGCAUUUUCACAAACACCUUGCGUGCUUUCUACCUUCCCUAUGAAUUCAUAUUUUCUUUCCUCCCCCAAUGAUCCAGAUCCAAAGGUCCCAACCAUCGUCAUCGAGACCGGCCACGACAGAAAAUUUUCCGAAGACGACGACGCCGGGAUCUGCAGGAUCUGCCUGGACACGAUGAGGGAAGGGAUCAAGAUGAAAAUGGCGUGCAGUUGCAAAGGCGACCUCAGGCUGGUGCACGAAGAUUGCGCAGUGAGCUGGUUCAGCACAAAAGGGAACAAAAUCUGCGAGAUAUGCGAUCAGGAGGUUACCAAUUUGCCGGUGAUCGUUUUCCGGGAAGACAGCUUGGCGAAGACCGAAGAAGAAACCGAGGACCUAGAUAGCCAGACCUGGGCGACGACGAACGAAAGAAGUUCAGUGCAGGAGUUUCUGUGUCUGGUGCUGAUGAGCACGAUAGGGUACUUCUUCGUUCUGGAGCUUCUUCUGAUUCAGGAGAAGACGUCUCGUGGGCUCUCUAUUGCAGCGCCAUUUGCAUUUGGCUUGGGGAUUCUGGCAUCAAUCUUUGCUGUAAUUCUAGAGAUAAAAGAACAAGUAUGGAAAUAUGCAGUACUCGAGUUCGCACUCGUGUCGGUGGCAAUCCACCUCUCUUACAUGAUGUUGAAGGUGGAAUCGGUGUACUCCAUAAUGUUGGGUUCGGUAAUCGGUAUGGUGUUUGCCAUGGGCAUCAACACAUUGUUCAGGCAUUGCACUUCUCCAACUCACGACGACAUCUAGGAGACUUGGAGCAGUCCUCUCCUCGUGAGCUAGUUAGAUCCAUCCACCUUGUAGAAGGAAUUUUUGGUGCCAGUUCAGUGGUACCAUUAGAGCUUUUGGAAGACAGUAUAGAAGAAAGCAAAUGUUACAAAGUAUUAUUUCAUUUGUAUUCCCUAAGGUGUUCUCUCUAUACUAUAUACCUCACUUCAUGAGGGAGCCAAUUGCGUUAAGAGUUUGUUGUUUUUUGGUUCCUUUGAUGUAAAUUAGUGUUUGUAAACAGCCUAAAAGAAGAAAAUGAAUGUGUU